AUGUUUUCACUAUCCCAAAGAAUCCAGACACUUUCGAAUCAGGCACUUACAUUUGCUUGUUUCAUUUUCGUAUUUGUCAUAGCCACGUCAUGGCUACAGCUCAUACAGCAACAUGCCUUCAUGACGCCUUCCAGCAUCGAUAAUAUAAAAACUUCAAUAAACCUUCGGACGAGCAGAUACUACGGCUCGAUGAAUGGGAAACCGAAAGAAAACUCAAAAAUACUCUUCGAUUUGAAUACUGAUUUGUCACCUCUUUUCAAUUGGAAUACGAAACAGGUAUUUGUAUAUUUGACAGGGGAAUAUGAAGGUCAAUUGAGGCCACAAACAAAGAGUGAGGUUACUUAUUGGGAUAAAAUCAUUACAAAGGGUGACAACGCCAAAUUACAGUUGAAAAAUGUCAGAUCAAAGUAUGCGGUGUGGGACCUGGAAGAAGUGUUUGUUGGGAGAGAGCUGACAUUCAAAUUGAAAUGGAAUAUACAGCCAUGGAUUGGUCCGUUGAUAUACGGAGAAGCAAAUGGCAAUAAGACAAUUACUAUUACGUCAGGAAAGCCUGCUAAUGUGAAAAACGAAAAGAAAUCUUCUGCUUAG